CAACACAGUCCACUUGGCUAGAGCUAGCCGCUCCCGUGGUUGAGAGCUCACUAUCACUCGUUGGCUUUUCUUUUGUAAACAAAGUGAAACUGUUGUGUUUUCUUUGGCAGAGUAUCGUUUCAUAUGAGUUCAACCCGCUGCGGUUUUUUUACUUCAUACCAUCUGUUUUUGCAAGAAUGUGUUGCUACCGUUUGUGUUAGCUGACUAGCUAGCAAGCAGCUAACAGCUAGCUCAGGUUGUUUUGGUUAUUAAUGUGAACAUUAACGUCGCAUCCACGGUGACUGGACUCCUUUUUUCACUGCUAAUAACGUGCAUUUAAAGGCUUAUUGGAUCCAGUCGAAUCAGGACAUUGGUUUACCAGGUUUUUCUUUUCAAAUGACACAAUCGAUGUAACAUUAAAUCGUGGGAAGUGUCACAUUAACAUUAACAUUAACGUCCAGCUGCAGCUACCAGUGUUUGGGACUGUCUGGCUUGUCCCUUGCCCCGAACAGUGGACGUCUGGCGAGCUUGAAAAGCUCUCUGUGAACCGGAUCCAAUGCGUGGGAUGAUGGGGACCCAGAGUAGUCCAGUCAAGAGUUACGAUUAUCUGCUGAAAUUUCUUUUAGUGGGAGACAGCGAUGUUGGAAAGGGAGAAAUCUUGGACAGCCUGCAAGACGGAUCAGUAGAGUCUCCCUAUGCCUACAGCAGUGGGAUUGACUACAAGACCACCACAAUUCUACUGGAUGGGCGAAGAGUGAAAUUAGAGUUAUGGGACACAUCUGGGCAGGGCAGAUUCUGCACCAUCUUCAGGUCUUACUCUCGUGGAGCACAGGGAAUCCUGCUUGUCUAUGACAUCACUAAUGGUUGGUCGUUUGAUGGCAUUAACCGCUGGAUACGUGAAAUUGACGAGCACGCCCCUGGUGUACCCAGGAUCCUGGUGGGGAACCGGCUUCACUUAGCGUUUAAGAGGCAGGUCCCGACGGAGCAGGCCAGGGCCUAUGCAGAAAAGAACAGCAUGACGUUCUUUGAGGUCAGUCCGCUGUGCAACUUCAACGUCAUCGAGUCCUUCACAGAACUUUCACGCAUUGUUCUCAUGAGACACGGGAUGGAGAAGUUCUGGAGACCCAACAGAGUCUUCAGCCUCCAAGAUCUGUGCUGCCGCUCCAUCGUCUCCUGCACCCCGGUGCACCUGAUCGACAAGCUGCCCCUCCCCGUGGCCAUCAAGUCCCACCUCAAGUCCUUCUCCAUGGCCAACGGCAUGAACGCCGUCAUGAUGCACGGACGCUCCUACUCCGUGGCUAACAACCCCGCGUCGGGCAGCAGCAGCGGCGGCGGGAGCAAAGCCAACAGUCUGAAACGCUCAAAGUCCUUCAGGCCUCCACAGAGCCCUCCGAAGAACUCGUCGUCGUCCUCGAAGGGGAACUGUAAGAUCUCAUAGUGAAGGAGCGGACUCACUCUUGCCCCCGUAGGGCCGGCAUUAAAGGUGUUGUUGCUCCGAGGGGUCACAAGGCCACGAGGGAGCACCGAGAGCCACCAGCAAGCUUCACCACAGACGGAUAUAGCUGUGAACUUCCACUGACCCUGGGGGGACUGACCUGGACCGUCUGGACUGGUUUCUGUUGUCUUCACUCUUGCUGGUGCCGUCUCGUGGACGUCCGUUUACUCUUUACUACGGAGACUCGCUCCGAUCAAGCUGAACAAGGUUUCCUGGGACCAACAGAUGUGAAACAAGGAUUAUCGCUCACCUGUUAACACUACACACGAGCGGAGGGGACAUUAGCUAGCUUUUAUGUGGAAAAGGAUUGUUUAUUGUAUUUAAAAUUGUAAAUAUGCUGUAUGUGCUCGUUGUUUUGGUCUGUGUUUGGUGAGAGAUCCUUAUGCUUAUGAUCCUUAUGAGAGAUUCUUAUGCUUGUUACGUCUUGAAUGUUUUGGGAGACUUGCUUUGGUGUUCAACUUACGUGUUUGUCUGCUGUGGAAAAUUGUUAUCGCAACCUCCAGGGUGCUCAGCUACUUAUUUAAAACUCAGAUUAGUUAUGUUUUAAAUAAGACUGGCUGGAAUUGAAUGUCAGGAGGAGAGCAGAGCUAGUUCCUGAGGGAGACUAGUGCUGGGUUUGAAAAGACGAUUAUCUAUUGCAGAGCAUUGUUUAGUCUUUAGUUACUCAAUCUGUGAAACUGCCAGCAAAGUCCUCUUGAACUGAAGACUUCCUGUGGUGCCCCCAAAUGAAUUCCCCAUCCAUCUCCACCAGUGAUUGGUUAGAGCAUCUGUUGACUUUCUCAGGCCAUUUUAGCCUCUAAAUCUAAUAUUCUUUGUUGCACCAUUAUUGCAUUAUGCAUCUCUGUGUUAACUGCAGACGUGGCUUGGUGCUGAUGAAGAAACGUUGUACAAACUGAGAUGUGCGGAGUGUUUGUCAGUUGUGGCGUUUUGCCUUCAGAAAGUGCCGUCUUGGUUGCUAACAUGAAUUUGUAAACUCACUUUACAGUGGUGAGAGGAAUAUUUUUGAAUAUUUGUUGCUUCUUGGAUCUUUUUUUGUAUAUGCAAUGUAUUUAUGAAUGUAAAACAAUAUUCUCCUGCUACUUUGCUGUGGUAAUGUCUGGGACUGAGCGAAUCAGAGGUGGAAAGUUAUUGGAUACACUUGCUAUUGAUAUAUUUUUAUUCAGCGUCCUUGUAUUCACAUUUUGACACCCACUUAAAAUGUGUGAAGAGGGCUGAGAAUGGUUGUUUGUAGUAGACUUUAGCCGUUAUGUUUUCAUGGUUAGGAUUCUGCUUAAAUUCUAAUAUACUCUUUGAAAAAAAUGCCUGACUUUUAACACAAGCUGGUGUUUCCUACUGGAAAUGAAACGAUCCCAUAGUCACAUUUAUUUGUUGUUACCUGUCAUCUCAUCCAAGACCGGAGCUUGAUUGGCUCGUCUGCCGUUUUUUUUUUACCUGCAUUGUUUUUGCACAUUUUAGUAGAUGUGAUGAUCAAGGCUUUGAGAGGCGGGACAUUUUUUAUUUAGGUGCUUUUUUAAAGUGCUUGAAUUGUAUUCUUUAAGCUGUAUCAACCCUGAAUGUCAGAUUAACUUGAGCACAGACAGUAUUUUAAAUCAGAGUGAAUGAAUAAUAUUGUUGUUUUUAAUUGCUAAUCCACACAAAUAGUUUUAUUCUGAUUAUAAAUUCUCCGGUUUCUUUCCACCUCUGAUUGAAGCACUGUAUACCCAGUGUCAGGGCUAUAAAUAUAUGUCUGUCAUGAGGUCAUUGAGGGCAUAUAAAUCGGUGCAUGUUUUUCUACUGGCGCCUGUUUUAUGUGGUGUAUUGAGACAAUGAGUACAAUGGGCUAACAGAACAUUUAAAGCACUAUAUGAACAUGUUUGAUGAUUGUGUGUCUAAAGGUUUGGAUACGGAUUAAUUCUAAUUUUGUCUCCAUUUGAAAACAGUCACCCAACAAAAUAAAGGGUAAAGCUAAAA